AGGAGUAUCAGCCUCGGGACAAAUGGGUUGCAAGCAGAAACCCCAUUCGAAAUCAACGAAUUCAUACACACACCUGGUGUGUAUUAUGACACACAAGGGCAAUUACACCAAAUAGUUUCAACAUGGAAAACCGUCAUCAAAAUGGAUAUACAUUCAAUAGAUGUUAGACGAAAUCAGAUACAAGGAUACCUCGACAGCGCAGAAAAAAUUUGCGAUCAACAAAAGAAGACGAGUACCACAUGGCAAAUAUGCGAUAAUCUACGUGAAGUGGUACAGAAAAACCUUAACCGCAUACAGAACAUGACGGAACUCAUACACAGCAUAUACAAAAUUCCCACAUACGCAAAACGAGGAAUAAUAGACGGAAUAGGCACAAUAGCAAAAUCAUUAUUUGGCGUAAUGGACGCAAAUGACGAGAAAAUAAUAACCGAACAAAUAGACUUAUUACAAAAUAAACAAGAGACCUUACAACACGCAGUGACAAAUCAAUUAAAAAUCAUUAAUACAACAGUCCACAACCUUGAUACUAAACGCUUUACUGGAUGAUCUGGUACGUGACCAGGACGACAUAAUUUACUAUUUAGAUAAAAUAAAAUCAGGAAACUUACCGACAAGAUUAACACCAAUAGACAGUAUCAUAUCUCAGCUACAGGAAAUAUCCAUACACGUACCAAAAGGCACACAUUUCCCGUUUACACCUAGAAAAGAGAACUGGGUAGAGAUAGAAAAAUUCUGCACAAUCAGCGCGUAUUAUAAAGACAAAAAUAUUUUCACUAUAUUAAACUUACCUCUCAUAGAUUAUCCAACAUACGAAAUAAUCCAUGUACACCCGUUUCCUGUACACAGUCACGACAAUAUUUUUGCUUUAACUGAAGUCACACACACUAAAAUCGCGGUUAGUCAGGAAACAAAUACAUAUAUAAUAUUACGCGAAAACGAAUUAGCUGAAUGCAUAAAAUACAGGAACCAUUAUACUUGUCCGCAAAGAAACGCAAUAUUCAGAAUCAAUAAAGAAUCACCGUGCGAAAUUCUAAUGUAUACAACGUUAAAAAGUAUAACAAAUUGCCAGAAAAAAUAUAUCUCGGCAAAUCACACGUUUAUCAUCGCGCUAACACAAAAGAACGCAUGGCUAUAUUCCACGAGCAGCGAGCAAACCGCUCACAUCCAAUGUCGCGAACAAAUAUAUUACA